AUGAAGCGGAGCCGCGGCCGCGACCGGGCGCAGCCCCCGCCGCCCCCCGCCCGCCGGGGGGACGCGACGACGCGGGCGGCCGAGCUGCCCCCGCCCCCGCCGCAGCCCCUGCCCCUGCCCCUGCCCCCGCGCCGGCGAGCCCCGCCCGGGAGGCAGCGGCCGGAGGAGCGGACCGGGCCCGCGGGGCCCGAGGUCCAGGAGCAGGACGUGAUAUCUGGACUCAGCCCCCUGCUCUUCAGGAAACUCAGUAACCCUGACAUAUCUUCAGCCACUGGGAAAGCCAAGCUACAGCGUCAACUUAGCCAGGAUGACUGUAAGUUACGGAGAGGAAGCAUGGCCGGUUCUCUGUCAGGUAAGCAGCUGCUCCCCUUGUCCAGUAGUGUACAAGGCAGUGUGGGCCAGGUGACUUGGCAGUCUUCAGGAGAAGCCUCAAACCUGGUUCGAAUGAGGAACCAGUCCCUCGGACAGUCUGCCCCUUCUCUCACCGCUGGCCUGAAGGAGUUGAGUCUUCCAAGAAGAGGCAGCUUUUGCCGGACAAGCAACCGCAAGAGCCUAAUUGUGACCUCUAGCACGUCACCUACCCUACCACGGCCGCACUCACCACUCCAUGGCCACACAGGUAACAGUCCUUUGGACAGCCCCCGGAAUUUCUCUCCAAAUGCACCUGCUCACUUUUCCUUUGUUCCUGCCCGUAGCCAUGGCCACAGAGCAGACAGGACUGAUGGACGGCGCUGGUCUCUGGCCUCUUUGCCUUCUUCAGGCUAUGGAACCAACACUCCGAGUUCUACUGUCUCAUCGUCCUGUUCCUCACAGGAGAAGCUGCAUCAGCUGCCUUUCCAGCCCACGGCGGACGAGCUGCACUUCCUGACCAAGCAUUUCAGCACCGAGAGUGUGCCCGACGAGGAGGGCCGGCAGUCCCCCGCCCUGCGGCCCCGCUCCCGCAGCCUCAGUCCUGGACGGUCCCCAGUUUCCUUUGACAGUGAAAUAAUAAUGAUGAAUCAUGUAUACAAAGAAAGAUUCCCGAAGGCCACUGCACAGAUGGAAGAGCGGCUCGCGGAGUUCAUUUCCUCCAACGCUCCGGACAGCGCGCUGCCCCUGGCAGACGGGGCCUUGAGCUUCAUCCAUCACCAGGUGAUUGAGAUGGCCCGAGACUGCCUCGACAAAUCUCGGAGUGGCCUCAUCACCUCACACUACUUCUACGAACUUCAAGAGAAUCUGGAGAAGCUCCUGCAAGACGCUCAUGAGCGCUCGGAGAGCUCGGAAGUGGCCUUCGUGAUGCAGCUGGUGAAAAGGCUGAUGAUCGUCAUCGCCCGCCCGGCUCGUCUCCUCGAAUGCCUGGAGUUCGACCCUGAGGAGUUUUACCACCUGUUAGAAGCAGCUGAGGGCCACGCCAAAGAGGGACAAGGGAUUAAAUGUGACAUUCCUCGCUACAUCGUUAGCCAGCUGGGCCUGACUCGGGAUCCCCUGGAGGAAAUGGCCCAGCUGAGUGGCUAUGACAGUCCCGACACUCCAGAGACUGAUGAUUCCGUCGAGGGCCGGGGCUCGUCUCUGACCUCUACGAAGACGCCCUCGGAAGAGGACUUCGAAACCAUCAAACUCAUCAGCAAUGGCGCCUAUGGGGCCGUGUUCCUGGUGCGACACAGGGCCACCCGGCAGCGCUUCGCCAUGAAGAAGAUCAACAAGCAGAACCUGAUCCUGCGGAACCAGAUCCAGCAGGCCUUCGUGGAGCGCGACAUCCUCACCUUCGCCGAGAACCCCUUCGUGGUCAGCAUGUUCUGCUCCUUCGAGACCAAGCGCCACCUGUGCAUGGUGAUGGAGUAUGUGGAAGGAGGAGACUGUGCCACCCUGCUGAAGAACAUCGGGGCCCUGCCCGUCGACAUGGUGCGCCUGUACUUCGCGGAGACUGUGCUGGCCCUGGAGUACCUGCACAACUACGGCAUCGUGCACCGCGACCUCAAGCCCGACAACCUCCUGAUUACGUCCAUGGGCCACAUCAAGCUCACUGACUUCGGCCUUUCUAAGAUCGGCCUCAUGAGCCUGACGACAAACUUGUACGAAGGCCACAUUGAGAAGGACGCCCGGGAGUUCCUGGAUAAGCAGGUCUGCGGGACCCCAGAGUACAUCGCGCCCGAGGUGAUCCUACGUCAGGGCUACGGGAAGCCGGUGGACUGGUGGGCCAUGGGCAUCAUCCUGUACGAGUUCCUGGUGGGCUGCGUCCCUUUCUUUGGGGACACUCCAGAGGAGCUCUUCGGGCAGGUGAUCAGUGACGAGAUUGUGUGGCCCGAGGGGGACGAUGCGCUGCCCCCGGACGCCCAGGACCUCACCUCGAAGCUCCUCCACCAGAACCCUCUGGAGAGGCUGGGCACAGGGGGUGCCCACGAGGUGAAGCAGCACCCGCUCUUCGCGGGCCUGGACUGGACGGGCCUGCUGCGGCAGAAGGCGGAGUUCAUCCCGCAGCUCGAGUCUGAGGACGACACCAGCUACUUCGACACGCGCUCCGAGCGCUACCACCACGUGGACUCGGAGGACGAGGAGGAGGCCAGCGAGGACGGCUGCCUGGAGAUCCGCCAGUUCUCCUCCUGCUCCCCGAGGUUCAGCAAGGUGUCCAGCAGCAUGGAGCGCCUGUCCCUGCUGGAGGGGCGCCGCACGCCGCCGCCCACCCAGCGCAGCCUGAGCGAGGAGAAGGAGGACCGCGCCGACGGCCUGGGCGGGCUGAAGGGCCGCGAGCGCGGCUGGGUGCUCGGCUCCCCCGAGAUCCUGCGCAAGCGGCUGUCCGUGUCCGAGUCCUCCCACACCGAGAGCGACUCCAGCCCGCCGCUGACCGUGCGCCGCCGCUGCUCCGGCCUCCUGGACGUGCCGCGCGGCUCCGAGGGCCCCGAGGAGGCGGGUGGCCCCCCCAGGCGGCAGCAGCAGCAGGAGGCGGCGGGGCUCCUGACACCCUCUGCCGAGGGGCCCUUCUGCUCCAGUCCAGGUGGGCCUGCGGGCGCUGGGGGGGACAACGCCCCGAGCGGGGAGGGGCGCGCGUCUCAUGGGUCGCCUGGGUCCGCAGCCACGGAGCCUCGAGGAGACCACAGCAGCCCGCAGCUGGCCGAGGGAGCCACCCCCAAGGCCAUCAGCGACCUGGCCGUGCGCAGGGCCCGCCACCGGCUGCUCUCCGGGGACUCUCUGGAAAAGCGCACCGCGCGCCCCCUCAACAAAGUGAUCAAGUCUGCCUCGGCCACUGCCCUGUCCCUCCUCAUUCCUGCCGAACACCACAGCUGCUCUCCUCUCGCCAGCCCCAUGUCUCCGCACUCGCAGUCCUCCAACCCCUCGUCCAGGGACUCUUCCCCGAGCAGGGACUUCCUGCGAGCCCUCGGCAGCGCGAGGCCCCCCAUCGUCAUUCACCGUGCAGGGAAGAAGUACGGCUUCACCCUGCGAGCCAUUCGGGUCUACAUGGGGGACUCCGACGUCUAUACCGUGCAGCACAUGGUGUGGCAUGUAGAGGACGGGGGACCGGCCAGUGAGGCAGGCCUUCACCCAGGGGACCUCAUCACACACGUCAACGGGGAGCCGGUGCACGGGCUGGUGCACACGGAGGUGGUGGAACUCAUCCUGAAGAGUGGAAAUAAGGUGUCCAUCUCGACCACGCCCCUGGAAAACACUUCCAUUAAAGUGGGGCCGGCCCGGAAAGGCAGCUACAAGGCCAAGAUGGCCAGAAGGAGCAAGAGGAGCCGGGGCAAGGACGGACAAGAGAGCAGGAGACGGAGCUCCCUGUUCCGGAAGAUCACCAAGCAGGCGUCCUUGCUGCACACCAGCCGCAGCCUCUCGUCCCUCAGCCGCUCCCUGUCGUCGGGGGAGAGCGGCUCGGGCUCCCCCACGCACAGCCACAGCCUGUCCCCGCGCUCCCCGACUCAGGGCUACCGGGUGGCCCCCGACGCCGUGCACUCAGUGGGAGGGAACUCGUCACAGAGCAGCUCCCCCAGCUCCAGCGUGCCCAGCUCCCCCGCCGGCUCCGGGCACACGCGGCCCAGCUCCCUGCACGGCCUGGCCCCCAAGCUGCAGCGCCAGUACCGCUCCCCGCGGCGCAAGUCGGCCGGCAGCAUCCCGCUGUCCCCGCUGGCCCAUACGCCGUCGCCGCCCCCGGCCGCCUCGCCCCAGCGCUCCCCGUCGCCCCUGUCGGGCCACGGCACGCAGGCCUUCUCCGCCAAGCUCCACCUGUCGCCCCCCCUGGGCCGGCAGCUCUCGAGGCCCAAGAGCGCCGAGCCCCCCCGCUCCCCGCUGCUGAAGCGGGUGCAGUCGGCCGAGAAGCUGGCAGCGGCCCUGGCCGCCUCCGACAAGAAGCUCGGCCCUGCUCGGAAGCCGAGCCUCGAGCCGCCGCACCCGGAGCUCAAGAAGGAGCUGCCCCCGCGCGAAGGCAGCUCCCUGGACGGCGUCGGCACCCGGAGCGCGCUGCCGGGGAAGGGGGUGCUGCAGCCUGCCCCCUCGCGGGCCCUGGGCACCCUCCGACAGGACCGGGCUGAGCGGCGCGAGUCCCUGCAGAAGCAGGAGGCCAUCCGGGAGGUGGACUCCUCGGAGGACGACGCGGACGACGGGCCAGAGCCCAGCCGGGGUGACCCAGAGCCCUGCAUGACGCCUGCGCUGGAAAUGGGCCCGGGCCUGCCCCUCAGAGCUGGGGCGGGUGAGGAGGAGGACGGUCUCUUGCCCAGGGACCCCCUGGCAGCAGCCUCACGGGGGUCCCCCCGAGUAGAAUGCCCUCGCGUCUCCCAGAGGCUUGGGAGCCCACAGAGCUUCGAGGUGGCCACUGGCUCCUUGAGCAGGGCUGGACUCGCAGACCCCAUCCCGACUGAAGGCUGCUGGGAGGCCCAGCACCCCCAUCCCCAGGCACUCUCAGCACUUUGCCCCUGCUCCCCAGGACUCGUCACCCCCUCUGGGGAGCCAGCACCAUGGCCCUGGAAGUGCCUCCUUGAGGGUGCAGACAGGGCUCCGGGUGGCAGAGUAGCCGCAGUGAAAGGUGGGCCCGCUUCCCAGGACUCAAAACCCACAACUCCAGCCCACCCGGAGGACCUGGCGCCCUGGCAGCAGGGGGCCACCUGGCCACCCAGUGACCCUCCGCCAUGCGAGGUUCCUGGCCAGGUCCGGCUGUGGCAGCCUGAGUGUGCACCGACAGAAAAAAGAGGGCCAGCCCUGGGCCUCAGCAACAUGCCUGACGCUUCAGGUGACCGGAGGCAGGACGUUCUGUACAGCAGCUGCCCUCUCAGCCAGGAGCCUGGGCCCAGCCCGCUCCGGAGAGACCGAGACCCUGGGGGUCCUCAGAAGUAUCAGGACUUGGCAUUGGCACCUGAUGAGCUUUUAAAGCAAACAUGACCGGGGUUUGCCAUUUCUGCACUCUGACCUGUGUAAUACACGCUCUUGGAAACCA